CGCACCCGGCUCGGGAGGCGGUGGGCGCUGCGUAGGGAGCGGGCGAGAGCGGGCUGGAGCCGUGGCGGCGGCGGCGGCGGCGCCUGGGAGCCGAGCCCGGAGCAUGGCAAGGGCCGAAGAGGCCGCGGAGGCUGUCGCUGUUUUUCCUCCCUUGCCGGCUCCUCCUGCCCGCCGGGAACUUUUCCUGGCGGCUGCCGCUGAUGCCUCCCCUCGAUGGUGGUGGCAGCGGCGGAGGCAGCAGCGACGGCGGCUCCGCUCGGCUGUGCCCCCCGGGCCGGGGCUGGGGCUGUUGGGGCUGCUUUUGUCCCGCCUCUGCUGCAGUGCCUUAGCUGGACCAAUUGUUGAUCCACAUGUGACGGCAGUUUGGGGGAAGAAAGUUGCACUGAAAUGCAUAAUUGAUGUAAAUGAAACAAUUACACAAGUUUCUUGGGAGAAGAUGCAUGGUAAAAGUUCACAGACUAUUGCUGUCCAUCAUCCUGAAUAUGGAAUUUCUAUUCAAGGAGAAUACCAAGGAAGAGUAUCAUUUAAAAAUUACUCACUUACUGAUGCAACAAUCGUCUUAAAAAACGUAAGCUUUUCUGAUGCAGGAGAAUAUAUUUGCAAGGCAGUUACAUUCCCCCUUGGAAAUUCACAGUCAUCAACAAUUGUAACAGUACUAGUUGAACCUGUUGUGAGCUUAACAAAAGGACCAAAUCCUCUGAUAGAUGGUGCAAAUCAGACAGUAGCAGCCAUUUGUACAGCAGCCACUGGAAAACCUGCUGCAGAGAUUGACUGGGAAGGAGGUCUUGGUGAAAUGGAAUCCAGCUCUACGUCAUUUCCAAAUGAAACAGUGACAGUUGUCAGUCGGUAUACUAUUGUUCCGACACGAUUUGCAAGAGGAAGACGUAUAACUUGUAUUGUGAGGCACCCGGCUUUGGAAAAGGAGAUAAGAUACUCUCAUGUGUUGGACAUACAGUAUGCCCCAGAAGUUUCAGUAACUGGCUAUGAUGGAAACUGGUUCAUUGGAAGAGAAAACGUUCAGCUCAGAUGUAAUGCUGAUGCAAAUCCAUUGCCUAUGGAAUUUAUGUGGACCAGAUUGGAUGGACAAUGGCCUGAAGGGUUGUUAUCUGUCAACAAUACUCUGCAGUUCAGCAGCCCAUUGACUUACAACUACACUGGGACUUAUGUCUGUAAAGUGACGAAUUCCCUUGGUCAGAGAAGUGAUCAGAAGACUAUCUACAUAUUAGAUGUGCCAUUUAAGCAGACAUCUUCUGUUGCUGUAGCAGGGGCUGUGAUUGGAGCAGUCCUUGCUCUUUUUAUCAUUACCAUCUUUGUGACAGUGCUGCUGACCCCAAGGAAGAAAAGGCCAUCAUAUCUUGACAAAGUGAUUGAUCUUCCACCCACUCACAAGCCAUCCUCCUCCUGUGAAGAAAGAGCAUUCUCUGUACCACAGAAAGAAGCUGUGCUUCAGAAAGAAAAUUUUGCUUCGCAAAGCCAGUACAGAGAGAGAGAUUCUGGAAAUUUGCAGUACAUGAAAGCUGUGAAUGGGAAGCAACUUAACUGCGAGGCUGAAGAGCCCGAGGAGCAAGAGAGUCUUCAGCAAAUGUACCCUGUUUAUGAGCAAACAUACUACAAAAAUUGGAGUAGCAGACACCAUCACAGCUCAGGAUCUGGAAGAGUCUACAUCAAUCCCAGGGAACAUUAUGUAUGAUUAUAUACACAGAUACUAACUCUAAGAUACGAAGUUUUUAACACUUGUUGACUGUAUGCAAGAUAUGUUUUAGUGGCUUUCAUCUCUAAAAGAAUUGGUCUUUUUUCUCUUGCGGGAAGAAAUUGCAUGGAGAAUUGUGUAGAUAAAACAGAAUUUGUGACUUAACUGGCUUCUAGCAUUUGGUAUGUAUUUGUUUUAGUUGUUAUAGUACAAUAUCAAUAUGCCAGAAAAGGAGCCCCAUCUGGUUUUAUUAACCUUUGUUAUCUUAAUGAAUGAUUUACAGAUGAGUUGACACAUGACAGAAUGUAGUUAAACUGUUUUUGUGGUUAUUUCUGGGACUAUUCUGUCCCUCCUCCUCCCUCCUGAAUGGAUAUUUUGAAUGAAAUUUAUAUAUUGAUGUGAAAAUGAGUAAUAGGAGCAAGCAAACUGAAUCCCUGGUUAAAUGAGCAGUCACAGCCUGGGAAUCGUUUUUUGCUGCAUCUUUUCUUAAAAAAAAAAAAAAAAAAAAAAAAAAAAAACACCUUGGGAUAGUUACGGUUUUGACUGGCCACAGCCAUUGUUUUCUCCACUACUUCUACCUCUCCCAGUCAAAUGAACAACUAGACUACCUCUACGUCUCUACUGCUGCUUUGUUUCAUAACGUAUGUUUUGUGUCUUCCAGCCUUGUAAAAACCUAAAGCAGUUUCCUUACGUAAGAACCUUUUUUGUUUCCUUUUAUUUUGAACCUGACUGCCAAUUGAUGUAUUUCCUGGUUGUAGUUUCGGAGUAAGUCUGUAUAAAACUUGGCUGCAGGAAGCAGGUUACUAAGCUGAUGAAACUCUUUGUAAAAGUGUCUCCUGUGUAACUGCACCUUACCUACAAAUUGCUACUAGCCUUUUUCCUAAGGAUUACUCCAAUUUAAGUGUUAGAGUUUGCUGUUACUUGGUAAUAAAUGCAUUUCAUAUUCUUUGGUUUCUUUUCAGCUUGCUGGUAAAACUCAUACCUGGCGUAAGUUCUUACGUCUUAGCAAGAGAAGGAAGGCUUCUGUAGGCUUUCAGCACUAGCAGUUUCAGCACUGUCCUUUAAUCUUAAAUCAAGUGGCGAUAGUACUGUGAAGAAAUUGGUGAAUGUUGUGAUGUUGCCAGUGCUAAUAGCAUUCCAAGUGAAAUUCUGAGGGUGCAGGUAGUGGUUGAAAAACAUGUUCAGGAUCUUUUUAAAAGAACUAAGUGUUUUCUGAGAGUGGAAACAAAUAUUUUGCAAGUAAAAAGGGUAUGUAUUGAUACAGAAAUGAGGUCAUGUGACAAUCAGAAAUUUAAGACAGCAGGAAAUAAGACAAUGGCUAAAAUUUGCUGGAGAAACUUAAGCAUAAGUAUUGGAAUAGUGAAUUUCAAUCAGAUGAUGUUAAGAUGAAAUAUGGAGAAGACUGGCUAUUUUAUACUAAACUAACUCUUAGUUUCUAAAACAUCACUUGUGCAAUAUUAGGAUGUUUUCUCUACAGACAUGCUUUGAUUUUUUUUUUCAGGCAGAGGAGAAGAAUCGUAACUGUAGAAGCAAUAGAAUUGAAAUGUAUUACAGUUAAGUGUGCUGCAGACAGUGCUAUUUUAAACCUGCAUUCAUCUUCAUCAUUGUGAGGUUGAUGAGGUUAUUUCUGGUGUUUAAAUGUAGAUCCCACAAUAGAGAACUACAGUAGGGGUAGUUAAGUGUUUCUAGUUUGUUACAGGCAGCAGUUAGAAGUUCAUGAUUUUGGUGCCCAUGUUUUGCACACUGUACAAAAGACAUUGACUGUUCUCUUGCUAAGCAGCUUAAUGUUAUAUGGUGGUGGGAGUUGACUACUGAGCAGGUGGCAAAGAAAAAGGUUGAAGUGAAAGACUAUUUCUGGGGAGCUUUGAACCACUGUCAACUUGCUCUUCUCUGAUGGACGGAUGAGCACAUACAUUUAAAUGCUGAGCAACUGUUCUCUGCCUGCUGCUGUAUUUGAGAUCUGAGGAAGGAUUUGUGUGCCCCAAAGCUACGUUUUCCAAUAAUGUCAGUUUAAGUUGCUACUUCUUUCCACAACUGUUGCCUCACUUAUAUGUUAGUGCAGCUCCAAAAAAAAAAAUACGGUGAGAACGUGAAAAGAAAAUACAAUGCCUUGGCCAAAAAUUAAAGGAAAUAGAAUCACAGAACACAGAUGAACUAUAUUGCUUCAAAUAAUUUAACCAAUAUCACUGAGCAAAGUUUCAUUUUAAAAAAAUAUUAAAUGUGCAUUACACUAAAUUCAUUAGUUCAGUGUGAUCAUUUCAACUCUAUGUUGACAGAUGAUCCAAAAAUAGUUCUUUAUCUUUGAGUUUAGUCUUUGUUCUUCUAAUGAAUUUUAUUCUUAUUGACAGAUACAUUUUGGUUUAAAAAGGUGAAAUUGGGAAGGGAGGAGGGAGAAAGGGAGACUGUUGUCAACAAAAUUACAAUUGUAUUAUCAUAAAAUUGUCUGGUUCUGUUAGCUUCCUCUAUAGCUAAGUAUUGAAUUGCCUUUUGAAUUUGUAAAAGUACAAGUAAGACUUUUUUCUUUUAAAAAAAGUCCAACUGUGUCACUCAAGUUACAUGAACAAACUACAAAACUUGAAUUGCAAGCUACCUAUCAGCCUAUAGUUCACCCUAAAGUAAUUAGGAAAAUAUAUUUCUGUGGUUAUUACCUGUAAUAAACUUAAAGGGUUUUUUGGUAAUAUAUUCAGGGACAUUUAGAGUAUUACAUUUUUUUGAAAUACUAAGUGUGGGUGGAUAUUGGGGGGGAGGGGACUCAAUGUAGAAUUCUCUGAAGAGAACAGAAAAAUGCUAAUUAGAAUUUCUUACAGAAAGAAUUGCUUAUAGAAGUGAAUUUAAUCUGACUUUUUAAGGUGUAGAAA